AUGUCUGACAACGAGAAGUUCGAGGACGUGCCCGAGUUCGAGUCUCUCUCGCUCGAUGAACCUCCAAAAUCAGAUGCCAAACCCGUACCAGAGCCUACUGCACCAAAACCAGAGACUCCGAAGCUAGCGACUGCGCCGCUGACACCCAAGAAGGUGGGAUCUCUACGUGAUAGGAUUGCGGCUUUUGAGAAUAAAGGCCCCGCGUCGCCGGGUAAAGAUGAACUCAAGACGCCUCGUCCACUGUCCCCGCGGCCGCGAUUGCCUUCACCGAAGAAUACAUUGCCAGCUACAGAAACUGUGCCUCUAACUCCACCUGCGCCUGCCACACCCACGACUAUUCAGCGAGUAGCAUCUCCAGAGCCUCAAUCAUCCGCGACCACAGCAUCACCUGUAACUCCCACAUCUCCGCCUCGACCACCUCCGCUUAGUCAACAUAAGCCGAGUACAUCCGCAUCCAGUCUUGCGGCACUGCUUUCACCGACUCUGCCAACUGCCCGGCCGCUGUCACCACCCAUCACAGCACGACCUCGCGACAGCGUCGCAACCGAUGCUGAUUUCGGUGAUGUCCCGCUCGAUGAUCCACCAACCCCCGCGCGCUUAGAUGGAGUCAUGGAGGAGAGUGCAGGAGCUUUGAAAGAAGCAGAGUAUGCAGGAAAGGGAGAGGUUGCUCCGGGAGAGGAAGCACAGGCAUCAAAGGCGGGCAAACCUUCGAUCCCGCCGGUCGAUCCUGAUGCGGAAUCUGGGUUCGACGAGAGUUUCGCGACAGUCGCCUUGACGGAGACAAAUCGCGACAGCACUCAAGCGCUCAAGUCACCCGCGGGCGAGGCGCCGGCACCCCCAUGGGCUUCGUCCAAAUCAGACAAGCACGAUUCCACGUUCUCAUUACAUCGUGCAGGGAUGGACGAGGUUCGCGCGGCCGCAAGUGCGCGGAGUAGCAUGAGUGCAGAUGGCGCUUCGGGCGCUGGGCAUAAAAGGAAGGCGAGCGGACUUGGUCGGGAAGUCACAGGGGCUGAAGAAGAGUCAGGCGUAGACUGGGAGUACUGGGGCAACGUUGUCUCUGACUACCAAGGGUCCGCGGCGGCGGAUGCAUCCCGCUUGGCUGCUGAAAUCGAACGCGGCAUACCACCCGCUCUGCGCGGGACUGUGUGGCAGCUGAUGGCAGCGUCCAAAGAUCCCGCCAUGGAGGCAACAUAUUUGUCACUGAUUAAAGAGAGUUCACCUCACGAGAAGGCCAUCACGCGCGAUCUGGGCCGGACAUUCCCUCACCACGCAUUCUUCGCUGGUGCCACUGGUCUUGGACAGGAGAACCUUUUCAAUGUCCUAAAGGCUUAUUCGCUGCAGGAUCCUGCGGUUGGAUACUGCCAAGGCUUGCCGUUCGUCGCUGCGGUAUUGCUGUUGAACAUGCCGGACGAGGAGGCGUUUAGUUUGCUCGUCCGUUUGAUGCACUCAUACGACUUGCGAGGGCACUUCCUGCCAGAGAUGCCCAAAUUACAGCUCAGACUGUUCCAAUUCGAGAGGCUCGUAGAGGAGUGUCUUCCGGUACUUCAUAUACACUUCUUGAGGCAGGGCGUAAAGAUCAGCAUGUUCUGCUCUCAGUGGUUCCUUACGCUCUUUUCAUACCGGUUUCCGCUUGACCUGGUUUACCGAGUGUUCGACAAUUGCCUAGCCUCUGGAAUCGAAGCCAUAUUCGGCUUUGCUCUUGCGCUUCUUCAGCGCAACGAAGAACGGUUGCUACAGCUCAAAUUCGACGAGCUUGUUGCAUUCCUCAAUACGCAAGUCAUCGAGACGUACCGUGAUGGCGAUAAUGACGACGGCAGCGCACGUUAUUCGGCAGACGCGUUUGUCUCAGAUGCUAUGCGCACCCGCAUUACACCUUUCCAGCUGGACUCCUAUGCACAUGAGUACGCAGAGAUGGUCGCUGCGCGCGAGGCGCAUGCCCGCGAGGUGGAAGCAUUGCGACAGUCAAAUCGCGCUUUGAUGAAUCAAGUCCAGAGUCUGGAGCAGAACUUGGCGAGUCUCAAUGACGAGCACGUUCAAGUGCUUAACGAGCUCGUCAAGGCCAGACUUCAACAUGAGGAAGUCGAGCGCGAGCUGGUCAGGUAUAAGCUCUUAUACGCCGAGUCUGUGCAUUACACCGAAGAUUCGCUCUCAAGCCACCGCAUGUCACGCAUGAGCAACCAUUCACACGUCUCAACCGGCUCUGGGCAUAAUCCUAGUCCCUCCCGUGGGACGAAUGGCAGUCCAACUGCCAGCGCGGUGAACGGUAGCCCUAGCACCGGUAGCAAGCGCCCGAGCUUGCAGAGCAUGCUCAGCGGGUUCACGAAGAGUGCAUCGUCUUCAUAG